AUGGCCCAAUUCAAGCGGCAGCCGCCUCCCCCCCGCCCCCCAGGAGGCCCCUUCCCAGGGCCCCCCCACUCGUCCUCCUUGCUGGGGCCACCUCCGGGCCUGCUGACCCCCCCGGUGCCCGCCGGGCUGCUGCAGGGCGCGCGGCACCUGCAGGUGGGCGAGAAGCAGCGCGUCUUCAUCGGGGUCGUCAGCAGCCUGCACGACUACUUCGGGGUGGUGGACGAGGAGGUCUUCUUCCAGCUCAGCGUGGUGAAGGGCCGGGUGCCACAGAUCGGGGAGAAGGUGCUGGUGAAAGCCGCCUACAGCCCCGGGCAGGCGGUGCCAUGGAACGCGCUCAAGGUGCAGACGCUCUCCAACCAGCCUCUGCUGAAAGCCCCGGCCCCGCUCCUGCACGCGGCGUCCCUGGGGCAGAAGCAGGGCAUCCUCGGCGCCCAGCCGCAGCUGCUCUUCCAGCCUCACCGCGCCCCGCCGCUCUGCCCGCAGAAACCAGUGAACUUCUUCCCGUUGCCCCCGUCCAUUCCCCUGAGCCACCUGGGGAGGCAGCCGGGGCGAGGAGCGAAGGGCAGGAGCGACGCGGGCAGACGGGACGACUCGGACUCCAAGAAGAGGAAGCAGAAAGGCGCCGAGCCCUGGGCAGCGAAGAAGCCGCGCCACGACGUGCCGCAGUACCGCGUCCACCUGGCGCCCUACGCCCCGGACAGCCCCUCCUGCGAUGCCAUGGAGGUCCUGCGGCGCUACUGCAGCAUCCCGCUGCCCGGAGGCUUCUACGACAUCCGCCUGCGCUGGCUGGACGCCUUUCCUCUCGAGCAGCCCCUGAGCCUCCGGCACCGCAGCCGCAUCCUGGUGGCUGACCCCGAUGAGGUGCCGGAGCCCCAGGGGGGUGCUGAGCAGGACCCCGCUCCCCACGACGCCGAUUCUGCCUUCAGCGCCAAGGUGCUGCUGCUGUCCUCCCCGGGCCUGGAGGAGUUUUACCGUACCUGUCUGCUGUGCGUCGACGAGGCCGGUGAGCAAAGGGAGGCUCCCGAGCACCCGACAAAGCAGAUCAAGUUCCUGCUGGGGAGGAAGGAAGACGAAGCCGUGCUCAUCGGGGGGGAAUGGUCCCCGUCGCUGGACGGCCCCGACCCCGAGGCCGACCCCGUGGUGCUGGUCCGCACGGCCGUGCGCUGCGCCAGGGCGCAGGCGGGGCUGGACCUGAGCGGCUGCACCAAGUGGGUGCGCUUUGCCGAGUUCAGGUACCUGCGGGAGGGCGAUGCGUCCCGCCGGGAGGUGGUGGUGGUCUUCCUGCCGGACGUCUGGGGCUGCAUGCCGUCCCUGGAGGAGUGGGAAACCUCCGGCCAGCUCAGGGAGGAGAAGGGGACCUCGCUGCCUCCAUCGCCAGAGGACACCGCGAUGGUGAGGCUGUGCCAUGGGACGGAGGCCCCCGAGCAGCACACGGACCCCACCGACCCCUCGCUGGAGCCUGAAGCAGCCGAGCCCGAAGCCCCCUCUGCCCCCAGGGACCUGGCCCUCAUCGCCCGUCCCCCCUCCGCUGGGCAGCACGGGCAGGCCGCCUGCUCCAACAUCUCCCUCUACACCCUGCUGGAGUACAGGAGGCGGCGGGAGAAGCUCUCCUUCGAGGUGGCCGUGGUGGCCGAGCUCUUCCAGGAGAUGCUGCAGCGGGAUUUCGGCUACAAGCUCUACAAGGCGCUGCUGGCCCUGCCCGAGAAGGACGAGCUGCUGGAGAACAAGAACCCGGAGGCAGAAAGGGUGCCCAAGGCGGCGAGGGAGGUGGCUCCGGGGGCUGCCAGGGCUGAGGAGGAGGCUGAGCAGCACCCUCCAAAAGAGGAAGCUGAGGAGCCCGUGGGCAACGAGGUGGCCACGGCAGGCGAGGAGCAGGAGAGGUCUAAAAGCGAGGGCAGAGCAGAGCCCAAGGACUCUCCGGAUGAGCUGUGCGUGCUGAGCCUGGAAGGCAGCCUGCUGCUGCUCCGGGAGGAGGAAGAGGAGGAGUUGGGCGCCAAGCUGGAAGAGGCCGAGGUGCGCUCCGACGCCUCCAACCACUCGGAGCUGGAGCUCUCCUCGCUCCAGGACGUGCCCAAGGAGCUGCACCCGAGCGCUGCCCUGCCCCUGGACGCCCUCCUGGCCUUCGUCUACUUUGACUUGAAUUUCUGCGGCUACCUCCACCGCAGGGACCUGGAGAGGAUGCUCCUGACGCUGGGGCUGCGCCUCUGCAAGGAGCAGGCGAAGCGCCUGGUGAACCGGGUGGUGACCCAGUCCCUGUGCCACUACCGAAACCUUCGCUACAGCCGCCAUGAGGACCCGGACCUGCCUUGUGUUGUCCUUCUUCCAGGGAACCUUCCUCUGCUGCCUCCUGCCCCGCCGGAGGUGCCCCCGUGCCCCAACGUGGGCCUGGUGUCCCGGGGGGGCACGGUGCUCAACGUGGGGAAGCUGCUGGAGAAGGCGGAGCAGGCGGAGAGCAGCCGCCUCUACCUGGAAGGCAAAAUCCAGGCGCUGGAGGCCAAGCUGGAGGAGAGCCAGCUGCGGGUGGCAGCCACCGAGGCCAGCAACCGGGCGCUGGUGACGAAGCUGCAGGACCUCCAGCGGCGCCUGGAUGAGGCAGAGGAGAGGGCGAGGGAGGCCGGGAGGCAGAAACUGCGCCUGGGGAGGCUGCUGCAGGAGAGCAGAAAGCGCCUGGCCCCCCUGCAGCUGGAGCUCCAGGCCAUCAUCGAGAAGACCAGCUCCUGCUUAGAAGAGGAACCGGCCUCCUCCAGCUGACCUCGCUGCCAAAAUGUGUCCCCCCGCGGGCGAAGGCUGUGCCCCCGUGGCCGUGGGCAGGGUCCCCGUGAGCUCCCCCUGAGCCUUUCCUCGAGAGGUCGGGGCUGGUGGUGCCCCGGGCACCUGGAGCCUGGGCAGCCCUAGGAAGGGGCAGGGUUUGUGCUGAGAAAUCGUCCUCGUGUAAGGGAAACCUCGGCCGCAGGAAAUCUUGCAGCCCAGCGUGGGCGCAGGGGAGGCAGGACAGCUCCGUGCUCCAUAGCUGACCUCGUGAGUAGGGACAGAGAGAGUUUUGUUUUUAAUAGGACAGAGGGCCCCCAACCAGGCCCACCGGGGGCCCCCCCUCGCUGUGUGGCAGCCCCCAGCCUUAGGGGUCAGCUUGGCGCUUCGUGCAAGCCCUCUAACAGCUCUCCCAAACCUGGCAGCCCCUGGGGAAGCUCCCAUCCCUGUAGGAUUUAGGGCUGGAGCUCUGCAGCCCUGGCUUGUCCCGGAGCUGUGCCCCAGGAGCUGUGUCCAGAGGGAUGCAGGGGGCAGCUGCCAGGGGUCAUGCCGCCUCUCCUCCCUGUCCUUGAGCUUGAAGACGGGUAGUAGGGCAAAGAGAAAGCCCCCAACUCAGGAUUUAAUUCAGACUGUAAAAAGCGGCAGCACCUUGUGUUUAACUGGAGAUCUUUCUUCUCAGAGUCCCUUUGGGUAGCAGG